AUGCUUGACGUCGACAACGUUUUCGAAGCGGCCCUCAAGUACUACAAACGCAGAGUGGACGAUCCAGACAAGAAGUCGAAGCUCUACGAAACUAGCGAUGGAAGGCACUUCUACGCUGAUGCAGUCUCGGUGCAUCGGUUUGGUACGAGGCUGUCCAAGCCAUCAGAUUGUCCCUUGUGCGACUUCCUUCGAUCUGUCAGAGUCGAGCCAGAUGUACAUGAACGCUACAAACUACUUGCGUUCCGUAGCAGCGAUGCUUGGCUUUUCAAUGCAGAUCGGGUGAGAACCGCGUUUAAAGAACCCGACUUCCUCGAGGAACGCCACGAAACAGUGUUCAUGGCAGUCGUGCCAGAUAUAGAGUCGAUCCCACCAACCGGGCAUGAUGCUACAUGGCUAGACUACGAGAUUCCUGCUGUGGGGGCCAUCUUUUACAAGUCGGCUGCCGAGCCCAGCGACUUUCUCAACCAGAACCUGCUGGGAGCAAGAGAGCUCAAGGGUUCAUUCGAUCUUGAGCGGUUGCGGUCUUGGCUCGAUUACUGCCGCAGUGGACACGGUACCGCCUGCAGACAACGUGCAUCGGAAGAACCGGUAACCAGAGGCUUUCGUCUGAUCAACUGUACCAAGGAUCCUCCCGAGGUUGAAGACAAGCCGUGGGGAACUCCGUACGCCGCUUUAAGCUAUGUUUGGGGAUCUACGCCCGCCGAUCUGGAAGACUGGCCGGCGACUGUCAUGGACGCAGUCGAGGUCACACGCAAGCUCGACUUUACCUAUCUGUGGGUGGAUCGGAGCUGUAUAAACCAGGCGGAUCCAGAAGAGAAAGGCUACCUGAUUUCGAGGAUGACCACAAUAUAUGAAGCAGCUGAGUUCACCAUCGUAGCAGCUGCAGGAAAUGGUGCUAGCCAUGGUCUUCCUGGGCGGAAGUCUACUUCUUUCUAUGCUCCCUGA